UCUCAGUCAACUUAGUUACUAGUUACAUCUUUCAUGGAAAGAAUUGAACACCCCAACAAUCUCUCAAAAUGACCAAAUCCACAAAUAGAGUAGCCUGGAUACAAGAAAUCCUCGUACAAAUCUCCACCCACACAAACACAUGUACCCUACUAACCUCAGCCCAGCGCGUCUGCCACCACUGGCACGACCUAAUCCAAAACACAGAUGACCUGUUGACUUCCGUAUAUGCCGAAACAUCUGAUAUGUUGGCCGCUCCGAUUGACCAAUUAGACCUUGAGCCUCCUGCCUACCCGGAACGUACGACUUACUGCCGCAUGAGAUGAGAAGGCUCGAGGGCUAUUGAUAUGCAGCCAGCAUCCAUCGAUUAUAGAUUAGCACAUACUCGUGAUUGCGUAUAAAUAGGCCUUACGAUAGAUAGUUUUCUCAAUCAGAGUUCUUCCUCUAUUCACUCCGAAUAAUGCCUAUGACAUCCUUCCGAGCAUAGUAGUUAACAUGACCUCCAAUAUG